UCACUAUGCGCCGAUAGUUUCUGCACGCCGAGUAACUUUUUUUUUCUCUUCACUUCUUUGACUUGCGUGUUUAAACUCACAGAUCUAGUACAGAGAUGUAAUAACAUCUAAAUGCACAAGUGAGUAGCACUGAACCUCGCUGAGUAUUAGACGAUUUCAUAAUUCUCGAGAAGACUCUCGACGUUACUGAAGCGUUAUUUGAACGAGAGGCUUACUAGCUGAUUACUUUUCCAGCCAAGCCACUCUGUGCAAAUAAUGACGAUUAGGUUUUAAUGUUUCCGCUUCGAUAAACAGUUGUGGAUAUGGUUGACGCUGGGAUGUCGAUUAUUGCCCCUGGAGACGACUUGUCCUCCAAGGAGCCAGGUGAGAAGAAGAGAGACAGUGAGAAAAAGAAACGGUCUCGAGUCAAACAGUUGCUGGCAGAUGUGAAGAGACAGGUUGAAUUCUGGUUUGGUGAUGUAAAUCUCCACAAGGACAGAUAUCUGAAGAAUGUCAUCGUGCAGUCAAGAGAUGGCUAUGUUGAUAUCUCUCUCCUGACAUCAUUCAACCGAAUGAAAAAGUUGACCACAGAUAGCAAGCUGAUAGCUCGAGCACUCAAAAAUUCUGAAGUGGUAGAGGUUAAUCUUGAAGGAACACAAAUAAGGAGGAAACAGCCACUCGGAGACAGCCCAAGAGAUGUAGAUGACCGCACAGUAUAUGUUGAACUUCUUCCAAAAGAUGUUACCCACGCUUGGAUAGAACGAGUGUUUAGUAAAUGUGGGAAUGUGGUGUACGUUAGUAUCCCCAGGUACAAGUCUACAGGUGACUCCAAGGGCUUUGCUUUCGUGGAGUUUAAGACUCAAACACAAGCACAGAAAGCCAUUGAGAUGCUGAACAACCCUCCAGAGGAUGCCCCAAGGAAGGCAGGCAUUUUUCCCAAAACCUUGGCGAGAAAACCGAUUCCUUUUAAUACAGUUCAAGACGGCACAAAAGACGAGGAUGAAGGGAAAGGCGAAGAUGACGAGGAUGGAAAGAAAAAGAAGAAAAAGAAAAAGCGAACACGCAGUGAGCAGAAAGAUGAUUCUGUUGAAGAAAUGGCAACCGAGAAUGUGACCGACAAGGAGCACGCCACUGAGACCGAGGCAGCUGACAGGAAAAGAGCACAGUCUUCAGAGGGCACUGAGAUGGAGAGCGUGACUGCUGUCAAAACUUCACAGAAGAAGGCAGAUAAGAAAAGACGUCGGUCACACAGCUCCGAACUCUCUGGGGGAGAAGGCCAAGUGGAGAAGCCCGCUAAAAUGAGGAAAGUGGAUGAGGAGGCAAGUGACACGAAGGAGAUUUCAUCUGAGAACAAUAAAGAAAAGGAAAUGGAGGACGGAAAAAAAGAUGAGAAGGAUGAUUCCAUGUUAAAGGCCAAGAGGAAGAGAAAGAAGAAAUAUAAGGAGAGGCUGAAGAUUGAGGAAGAGGUUAUUCCUCUCCGAGUGCUCUCAAAGAAAGAGUGGUUGGAGCUGAAGGAGGAGUAUUUGGCACUCCAGAAGCAGUGUAUGGCCAACCUGAAGAAGAAUAUUUGUGACAUUCAAAAAACGAUGGCAUGCGACAACCUUCAAACUAUUGAGGACAGUGGGAAAAACUGGGGUGAUCGUAAACCUAAAAAAGAAACACUCGAUGGGCCGAAGUUUGAGAGUGGAGUCAUCCUGAAAAUCACCCACAAUCAGCCUUUGCCGAACAAAAAAAGUGUCAAGGACACACUGUCUGAGAUUGCUGCAGUGCAGUACGUGGACAUUGUGGAGGGAGAUUCAGAGGGAUAUAUCCGAUUUAAGACUCCGGAGGAUGCCAAAGCCGUCAUUGCGGCUCGAUCCGAACUGCAGAAAAAGCACAACUGGAAUCUGGACGUCCUGACUGGUGAUCAUGAACAGAGGUACUGGCAGAAGAUACUGGUGGAUCGACAGGCUAAACUCAAUCGACCCAGGGAUAAAAAGCGUGGCACAGAAAAGCUUAUUUCCAAGGCUGAGAAAAUCAUCAUCGCUCGGACCAAAGAGGCAAAUAAGCACAUUCGGUUCGACGAUUAACAACCUUUUGUUAUUUUUUUAUUUUUUUAUUUUUUUUUUUAAUGCGCAUUGUCAAAGCAAAGUUAUCAUUCAUUUUUCCCUGUUUUGCACUGAUAAUUGGUUUGUUUUAAUGACAUGAUCUUUCGAUCUAUAUGAAUAUUAAAACAUGAAUGUUUUAGAGUUGAUAUGGUAAAGGUUUAGCAGACGGCUCACAGCUGUUCUGUGUAAACUUUUUUGUUUUAGUGCUUACUGACGUAUGUAAAUAUGUGGGUGAAUUUUUUUUUUUUUUUUUUUCCCCAUGAGUAAAUGUGAAUGUGUUUUAGAUUACUGUGCAUUUUUAAUGUAAAGCAGUGGGACAUUUUUAAAAUAAA